AUGUCAUCGACUGAAAUGUAUGAAAAUGAUAUUCAACAACGAAAUUACUGCCCAUAUCCGCCUGGAAUUAUCCCUUGCGUUGAAUGCAACACGACUAAAGAUAACAAUGAACACGUUGGAUUGCGUGCUUCUCACAAUACCGUUAUUUUACAAUUGAUCACAGACCAUGAAGUAAUCUUAUUUAAUUUGAUCAAAGAUGCGGUUGAUACUCAAGAUUAUGGUCUUGAAGCUACUAUUAGGGGAUCAAGACUUUUUGACAAAAAUUUGACCAAUUCUUUACCAAAACAUCAUCCUUUUUAUCUUUUAAUUUACCAUCAUUUGAUCCUGAGUGACCUCACAUCUAUUUUAUACAAUUAUAUUCUGAAAAAGAAAACACGUUUUCGUGUAUUCAUAGAUUUUAUGAAUAUCAUUAUGGAAAAAAUCAAUGCGUCCAUUUGGAAUCGUCGAAAUCUUAUAAGGAUCCAGAGACCUCGGACGAGGUUACUACUCAAGAUAGAACACGACGUUCUAAUACUUAUCGACGAAUUACAACCACCCCUUACUGUCGCAGUGGUGGAUUUUUUAACAACAAAGCCCAUAUUAGGUGGACAUCAAGAAAUAACUUAG